UAAUUGUGUCGGACGUGGUUUUACGCUUCCACGGGGGGUGGACACUUGCAGAUAGUUCCUCCACUCGAUUUUUGCUCGUGGGCAGAGCAAGGGAGGCUUGUGCGCUGUAUCUGGAAUUACAAACCAGACGGGCCAAUUCGCGAUCCCCUUCGCUGUUCUUUAUGGAUGCUUUAUCAGUCCAUUCCCGAUUGAGCCGCCUUGCAAUUGACUCUCAACACAAAGUGACACAUGAGAAUGAAGAAGGUUGGAGCCUGAGAUGCUGCGUUGUCGUCAACAUAAGCCAAAGAAGGAAAUCACAUUAGUGAGGAUCCGUGCCCAACAAAAAUCACAGCCCCACAAACAGACAGCCAUGCCUUACUGCCCAUCCUGAUCCCCACCUGCACCAUUGCAGCUCUCCGGUAGUUUAACCUUCCACUCGCUGUCUCGUGAGCAUGGCUACACCCUUCUUGUGGAAGCUGUCGUCCCAAAAGCUUGGCUUUUUCCUGGUCAGCUUUGGAUUUAUCUGGGGCAUGAUGCUGCUACACUUUACCAUCCAGCAGCGAGCCAGCCAUGAAAACAGCGCUAUGCUCCGGCAACAGAUCCUGGAUCUCAGCAAGCGCUACAUCAAGGCACUAGCUGAGGAGAACCAAAGUGUCAUGGAUGGGCCUUAUGUGGGCACCAUGACAGCUUAUGACUUAAAGAAGACCCUUGCAGUACUGCUAGAUAACAUCAUGCUAAGGCUGGACAAGCUCGAAUCCAAGGUUGACAACAUCUACAAUGGCACAGGAAAUAAUCUGACCAAUGGCUCAACACCAAGCUCCAACAAUCCAGAAAAAGUCAAUGUGGCAGAUCUUCUUAAUGGAGCCCAGGAGAAGUGUGAGCUGCCGUCUUUGGAUGGAUUUCCUCAUUGUGAGGGCAAGCUCAAGUGGAUGAAGGAGAUGUGGCGCUCAGACUCUUGCUAUACCAAUUAUGGUGUGGAUGGAUCCACCUGUUCCUUCUUCAUUUACCUCAGUGAAGUGGAGAACUGGUGUCCUCAUCUGCCUUGGAGGACAAAGCGCUUGAAUGACGACAUGGACAGGAGGGGGCAGGCGGAGAUCCGGACCAGUUUUGAGGAACUAUACCGUGUGAUGUCUCAACGGGAGGAGUUCCGCUGGAUGAUGCUGAGGAUCAAACGUAUGGCUGAGCCAUGGGUCCGUGCUAUUCGAUCGUUGGCCGCCAAGCAGAACCUGACCAAACGGAGGAGAAAGAAGGUUCUGGUGCACUUGGGUCUGUUGACAAAGGAGUCAGGCUUCAAAAUAGCAGAAAAUGCCUUCAGUGGUGGCCCGCUGGGGGAGUUGGUCCAGUGGAGUGACCUCAUAACCACACUUUACCUGCUAGGUCACGAUGUCCGCAUCUCUGCCUCCCUGGCUGAGCUCAAAGAGAUCAUGCGGCGAGUGAUGGGGAAUAAGUCCAGUUGCCCCACUCAAGGUGACAAGGUUGUUGAGCUCAUCUACAUUGAUAUUGUGGGGCUCACCCAGUUUAAGAAAACGCUUGGACCUUCAUGGGUCCACUAUCAGUGCAUGUUGAGGGUGUUGGAUUCCUUCGGAACAGAACCAGAGUUCAAUCACGCCCAUUAUGCCCAGUCCAAAGGUCACAAGACACCAUGGGGGAAGUGGAACCUCAAUCCUCAGCAGUUUAACACCAUGUUUCCUCACACUCCAGACAACAGCUUCCUGGGCUUUGUAGUGGAGCAACAUCUUAAUGCCAGCGACAUCAAACACAUUGAUGACAUCAAGAGACAAAAUCAGUCUCUAGUCUACGGCAAGGUUGACAACUUCUGGAAGGACAAGAAAAAAUACCUUGACAUCAUACACAGCUACAUGGAAAUUCACGGCACCGUGCAUGGCACCAGCACUGUCCAUCUCCCAAGCUACGUGAGGAACCACGGCAUCUUGAGUGGACGAGACUUGCAGUUCCUCCUCCGAGAAACCAAGUUGUUUGUGGGUCUGUCUUUUCCCUACGAGGGACCUGCUCCCCUGGAGGCCAUCGCCAAUGGGUGUGCAUUCCUCAAUCCUAAAUUCAAACCACCGAAAAGCAGCAAGAAUACCGACUUCUUCAAAGGAAAGCCCACCCUGAGAGAGUUGACCUCUCAGCAUCCCUACGCUGAGGUUUAUAUUGGUCAACCCCAUGUGUGGACUGUUGAUAUUGAUAAUGCCGCUGAAGUAGAAAGAGCAAUCCGCUCCAUCCUCAGCCAGAAGAUCGAGCCUUAUUUGCCAUUUGAGUUCACCUGUGAGGGGAUGCUACAGAGAGUCAAUGCCUUCAUUGAAAACCAGGACUUCUGUCACGGUCAGGUGAUGUGGCCUCCACUCAGUGCGUUGCAAAUGAAAAUGGCCGAACCAGGGCGUUCCUGUAAGCAGGUGUGUCAAGAGCAACAGCUCAUCUGCGAGCCAUCCUUCUUUCAACACCUUAACAAGGACAAGGACUUGGCCAGAUUCGGCGUGGACUGCCAUACGGUGGAGUCGAGCGCUGACACAGUGGUCCCGGCCUACAGCGAGAGCCGUCGCCACUGCAUCUUUCAGUCUGACCUGCUACUCUUCAGCUGCGCCGGCGCCCACCAAUCUCUAAAGCGCAUCUGCCCCUGCCGUGACUACAUGAAGGGCCAGGUGGCGCUGUGCAAAACUUGCCUAUAGCAGCGGCAGCGCGCACCCUUAGAAGAGGAAGAAGAGCCGCCGUGUUUGAUGAAACCCAACCGGACUCCUCUGAGGGAAGCAUUUUGGACAAACACAGGACUGUGAGUUUUCAAUAUAUUUAUUCGUUUGUCGACUGCUCAAAGAAAAACACCUCUA